ACGCACUUUGACCCCGGUCCAACCAAGUUUCCUGUGGCCUGGCUUGGACGAAUGCGUCAUGGAAAGACUGAAAAAGGUUUCACUAGAUGUGUUUUGCAUGUCCCAACGCUGGUGGGCCCUUUGUACCGGGAUUUGUGCCCAUCUCUGAUGGGGUACAAGACCGGACUAAACUUUGGUCUCGUUCACCUGGACUGUUCGAUUGCUCCAAUAAAUGUGGCAAUGAGUUAUAGUGUGCUUCGAGCAAGGUAGGGAUUGCCCUCCUGAGCCAUAGUUCCGCUGAGCUAUCGUAUGAGGGACAUUACCUUUGUUUUCAGGGUGGGUGCUGGAAAGUGAAUCCAGCUGUACGUGGAAUUCUGUAGAACAAUGCAUACCGAGGCCACAAUCCAAUCCUAGCUGUGGCGGCCUUUGAAGGAGCUAUAAAGCAUAGCCAGGUGCCUGUCCGUUCCCCGUUUCAUGUUUCUUCUAUUAUUAUUUUUUUUCUUCCAGUUCUGUUUAUGGCACAUUCUUUCUACCCGAAGACGAUCUCUUUCCCUUUAGAGACACAUCAUAUUAGAGACGUUUUCGAGCCCACUAUGGCCCUUCCGUCUGCAUACCGCGAGAACCUUGAGGCGGCACUUGACCCCAGCCGCCAAAAAGGUCAGAUCUUCAAGCUUACAGCUCCAGCCGACGAGCUUGGUUGUGUUGACUUCGGCUCGAACAACACCCUUUCCCUUGGUGGGAGUGCAGCAACACGAGAGGAGUUUCUCCGGGAGCUUGCACGAAAUCCCAACUUUGCUAUUGGGACCGGUGGCAGCCGUCUCCUAGGCGGAACCACUCAAUAUAUCGACGAGCUCGAACGGGACUUGGCCCACUUCUAUAAUGCAGACGAGGGCUUGAUUUUGCCCUCCGGAUAUGAGGGCAACGUUGCGAUUCAUGCGACGCUUCCGCAGACGGGAGAUGCCAUUAUUCACGACGCAAAGAUCCAUGCCAGCACGCGAGAUGGCAUGCGUUCCUCAAAAGCACACAUCAUACGACCAUUCGCGCACAACGACCCACACUCCUUGUAUGACGUUCUCGAGGAAGUCAAGCUACUGGAGCCAGCAAUUGCCGAUGGGCUCAAUACCGUCUUCGUGACGAUUGAAUCGAUCUAUAGCAUGGACGGGGAUGUGGCGCCCGUGGCUGAGAUCGUAAACGAAGCGAAACGGGCCUUGCCGAAAGGUAAUCUUGUCAUGAUCCUUGACGAGGCACACUCCCAUGGUAUUGUCGGGCCAAGUGGAGCUGGUCUAGCGUGUCAGCUGGGUCUAGAGCAUGAGUUUGCUGUCAGGUUACACACCUUCGGCAAGGCCAUUGGAGCCGGUGGCGGUAUUAUUCUCUGUAACGGUCUGAUUAAAAGAUAUCUGGUUAGCUAUGCCCGUAACUUCAUGUUCACCACAGCCCCGGCCUUCACUUUCUUUGCCACCAUCAAGGCUGCGGUCACUGUCAUGAGUAGUAAAGAGGGUGACUGGCGUCGAAAGCAACUCCAAGACCGGAUUUACCACUUCUACGACCUCCUCUUCCACCAUCCCCAAUGGGAACAUGUUCGAAGGUCCGGAAUCCUGAGCAUUCCCACCACCGACCAUUUUGUGAAAGGUUCUUCGUUCCUUGUACCCAUCAUCCCACUCAUCACACAGCCAGGUUACAGCCAUAGACUCGAGAAAUGGCUUCUAGACCGCGGCAUGCACACGCAUGGAGUGCGGUAUCCCGUUGUGCCUAUGGCGAAGGAGCGGGUUCGAGUCAUGAUGCACGUUGAAAAUACAACAGAGCAAGUUGAAGCGUUAGUCAAUUCCAUCAUGGAAUGGGCGGACCAGUAUGCGCCGUCCCUGUCUCCAACUACAAUCAAGUUACGCCUAUGAGGGGAAGCAAUGUUUAUGUGGAUGUUAACAAAUUAUACAGAGGUAAACUGGAUGAACAUCAUCCAUAAUAUUUUCAUCUUCCUCGGAAACUGGUUUAUGUACAGAAAAUGUGUUUCCUUCUGUGUCAGGCUGACUCUCCUUUCACAAUUCCACCUUUCCAUCACCAUCAUGACUAUUAUCGUUAUUGUGUUGCCAUUUCCUUCUUUUCUUUUCUUUUCUUUUCUUUUCUUUUUAUAAUGUUAUUAAGUGCUAAGCCAACCAAUACAUACCAG